UCCAACGGUCAAAUCAUCCCACCGAUCUGACGAAUCGCACGCACAACGCAGCGAAGAGAGAGAAGACAUGGCGAGGAGGGGAGCGGUAGCGAAGGGCACCAGGAGGCCAAGGAAAGCCUCGUCCUCGGCGGCGGCCAGCGACAUCGACGGGGACCGCGGCGCGCAAGAUAGGCCGCCGCCGCACAAGGGACAGGGAGCCGCCGCCGGUAGGGGGUUCUUCUGCUGCUACCUCCUCCGCUCCCUGUGCCCGCGCCUCAAGGGACGCACCUACAUCGGGUUCACGGUGAACCCACGGCGGCGGAUCCGGCAGCACAACGGCGAGAUCCGGAGCGGCGCGUGGCGGACCAGGCGCGGCCGGCCCUGGGAGAUGGUGCUCUGCAUCCACGGAUUCCCCUCCAACGUUGCCGCCCUCCAGUUCGAGUGGGCGUGGCAGCACCCGACGGAGUCGCUAGCCGUGCGCAAGGCCGCCUCCGGCUUCAAGUCACUCGGCGGCGUCGGCAAUAAGGUCAAGCUCGCGUACACCAUGCUCAACCUCCCAUCAUGGGAAAACUUGAACCUGACGGUGAAUUUGUUCUCCACGAAGAACACCGAGUUCACCGCCGGCUGCCCGUCGCUGCCGAGCCAGAUGAAGACGGUCGUCUGCCCGAUGGAGGAUCUGCAGUGCCACGCCGAGGGCCCCUCGUCUGAGGAGGACGACAUAAACGACGAGCCUCAAGGCCAUCAUGAAGAACCGCCUGAUUUCGCUCAUGGAGACGAACACUCUGACCAUCCUUUGCAGCAACCAUCCUCUGAAAUGCAGCCAAUGGAUGAGCAAACCAGAACUGCAGGCUAUGAUGUUGAGGAGGACAAGGACUCCAUUGACGAGUUUGCUCCAAUGGAAUGGGAUGGGGUCCUUGAUUUGACAGAACUGACCGGAUCAAGAACAUCGCCUCAAUGUUCCUUGAGCUGCGAUGGCGAUGACAGCGGAGUUGUCGACAAUGAGCUUGGGCAAGCGUCCCCAAUUUUGAAGGUUGGUGCUGGUCUGGAUGAUGGUGAUGGCCAUCUCUUCCAUGACAGGGAUGUGGUGGACCUGGUUACCCCAACCACAGUAGGCCGGCCGCGGAGAAGAGACUGCGUCGCCAGCAUUUGCCCCAAGGUUAUUGAUCUGACGACCUCCCCUAUUGUCAUUGAGUUGUAGCGCCUUGCUGCAUUCUAGUGUACUAAAUCUUGUAAUAAUCACACUCUGCACUGUCAUAUCAUGAAUAAGUUGAGAGUUGUACGAUAGAUAAACUUAAUAACACAAGUCUUGCGAAAAGUAGUUUUGUUCAGAAAGGCGUAUGAAGGGAAGUAUUGUAAGACUUCUCCAAUCAAGAUGAUGCUGAAUUACUGUUUUCUUAAAAGAAAACAAAUGCCAUGUAGAUCACUUGUGUUGUAAACUGGACAAGGAACCAAAUUACGAUUAGCUCUUUUGAAACAAACAAAAUU